AUGUCGCCUUCGCUCAGCGGCCUUGGCCUGGCUUCAUCGGGCCCCUCCGACGCCGAUUUAGCAGACUUUACCAGACGCUUCGAGCAAUUCCAGCUGUACGAGGAUGAAAAGGCCAAGUUCAUGACCGAAAUGAAAAAUCGGUAUCAAUAUAUGCACCAACAGUACCAGAUAUUGGCCACCGAACGCGACCGCGAUCGCAACUGGAUCCUCGCAUGGCAAAAUGAGAAGCAGCAGUAUGAGAGGUCGCACCGGAAUCUGCAGCGGAAUAUGGCUGAGAAUCCAUUUGUUAUGGUACUGAUUGACGGCGACGGCAUGAUUGUGAGCUUCACUGACGACUUCCUCCGCGAGGGAGAGCAAGGUGGCCGCCGGGCUGCUGUCCAAUUGUUCGCCGAUAUCCACGAGUAUAUCGAGAAUGAGUGCCAAGAUAUCCCAUUCGGUUACCGCAUCGUCUGCCGCAUCUAUGCGAACGUUCGGGGGCUGGGCGACGUACUCGUACGCAGGGGAAUAUAUGAAGACAUCAUCGAGUUUGAGGACUUCGUGCGUGGAUUCACGCGGGGAAAGACAUUGUUCGACUUUAUCGACGUCGGUGCGGGAAAAGAUCGCGCUGACGAGAAGAUCAUCGGUCUCUUCAGGGAGACCAAGCUCGUGGUUUGGGGAUCUGGACCUACAUACGCCGCUAGUACAUACGCCAAUGGCCUUCCACCAGCAUUUGUUCCGGGCAGGAUCAACUCGAACGAUAGUUCUAAGGCGUAUGUAGCUUCGACAGGUCUCCCAAGCCGGUUCCCAGCCCCAUCAAAGUCGCCGAUCAUGGAUAGUCCUUUGCCAAACCGAGCGGCAAUGAUGACUUUGCCUAGAACGCCUUCCACAUCAACACUGGCUUCGGACAGUACGUUCCCAGCACUCAAGCCAGAUCCACCAGCGCCGUUGCUGAACUGGGCCGCUAAGGCCGCUGCUCCGCCGCCACCCGUUACAGAGACCCCCGUCUACAAGCCCGCGAACCGCGAAGAAGUCAUCGCACGUAACCGCGCCGGCCAACGCGUCGAUCCGCCAUGUAAGGACUACGAUAAGGCUGAGGUGGACCGCAUGAAGAAGAUCAAAUUGUGCAACGUUCAUUUCCUUCGAGCCGAAUGCCCCUACGACACCAAAUGCACCCAUCUCCACGCGUAUAAGCCUACCAGCGACGAGUUGGCUACCCUCCGCCUUGUCGCUCGCAUGGCACCUUGUAGCAACGGCAGUGUUUGCCAGGAUAUUAGGUGUAUCUAUGGCCACCGCUGCCCAGCACCGCCCAACAAGAUUCACUACGCCAAGGGCACGAAGAGCUGUAUUUUCGGCGAGUCUUGCAAGUUUCCAGCGAGCUUGCAUGAUACCGACACCAACGUGGUCAAAACCCUGGUUGUUCGCUAG